ACAACCAAGCACCCACACAUCUAUUUUGUUGAGCCACACAACAGUUUUCAGCAGUCAUGUUUUCUUCAGUGAUAGCACUUGCAUUGCUCCCCCUGGUUUGGGGAGCACCAGACCCCACCAAAGUCUGCGCCCCCGAUGUGUUUCAAUUCUUUUCAUACAACAUAGAAACAGAUGUAAGUAUGACUAAGCAAUAUUUAUAUUUAUGUCUCAUUGAACAUUAAAAAAAAAUUGUAAUCUACUACACUUACAGGUAAUAAUUGCACUUUUGCUUUGUAAAGGUGUUGCGUAAAUGACAAUGAAUUAUUUGCAUAUGUUUAGUGCAGGUUUACGAUUGCAUAUAUUCUAUAGAUUGAUUACAUUGCACACAUAACGGAGGAUUUAAUUGGGAACGUUUUAGUACAUUCUAACAAUAAUUUUACGUCUUAUUGUAUCAAUUAAAAAUAAAGAAAAUUAUUGCAUUUCUCUUGUCAGAAGGUAAUAAUAAUAUUUAUAAAGUUUAUUUGAAAAACACGCUUCAUCCCCAAAAGCUCGAAGCGCGGUACAAAGUCAACCAUAUUAAAAAGAGAAAUAAAAACAAUCUGAAAUUUACCACAUUUAAAAACAGACGCAACAGUAAAAAAACCAACAACUACAUAUGAGCAUACCAAGUCAAAGUCUUUCAUCCCGUUUCAACCAUAAGCAACACAAGCCAAUAUACAUUAACUGGAAAAAGAUGGUAGAUAGCAUCACCCAGAAGGUGUUUGCGAAAUAGAUAUGUUUUUAAAUCGGUUUUAAAGGACUCCAGAGUCUGGCUGUUUUCUUUUGCAUAUUUUUGUGUUAAUACAAUAUGUAUCAUUUUUAUGUGGAACAUGCUCUAGUUUCGAAAGGUAUCCUGGAAAAAAGGUUUAUAAUUAAAAGUAUGUAUUACAAAAAAAAAUUAAAUGAUUAUUAAUUUCAUUAACUUUAAAGCAAAAAAAGGCUAACAACCUUAACUUCAUAUCCUAACAGGGGACAGCAGAAGUUGCGAUUGACUUUAAGCAAAAACUGCUGACCAGUGCCUCACCCAAUCUGACUGUAGUCCAAGAUUUCGACAAGGUAAGCUGACCUGCAGCAGUUUACUUUAUCAGUAAAUAAUUUAAUUCCGGCUAUCUGGGAAGUCUUAAAUAUAAGAAAAUUCCGCUAGAAUUAUUUGUUAUUAUAAUAUGUGUGUUUUCGAUUGCUGUGGAUUUGAAAUCUAAUGUGAAAAUCGCAACACACUCAACCACCAGAGUGCUGGGAGUACGACACUCUGCCACCAGAGUGCUGGGAGUACGACACUCUGCCACCAGAGUGCUGGGAGUACGACACUCUGCCAACAGAGUGCUGGGAGUACGACACUCUGCCACCAGAGUGCUUGGGAGUACGACAAUGAGCACGCUAUUUUUGUUUAGUCUUCUUAAGGCCAAUAGGUAUUGGCCAAUCGAUUUAUAUCAAUAUUUUGUCGAUGGACAUGAAAGCAAAAUUGAUAUGUCGAAAUCUGCAAUUUCUACAAUUCUGAAUAUAGUGUUUAAUAUCUUACAAUGUUCAGACAUGACAUGUCAAUGACUAUUCCCUGACAUGUUUCAGCUCAAGUCUUACACUGUUGACGCUACUGGUAACUGCCAAUCGGCCAACCUUCUCCCGGAACAAAUUUACCCCCAAUGUUUACCAGGUAACCAAUUAAACGAUUUAAAAAAAUGUGAUUUCGUUUGGUUUACAUUUAUCAAAAUGUUUCACGUACACCAUGUUACAUAUUAAAGUAUCUCAACCAUUGAUUAUUACAGCGACGGCAACUUACAUUGGAGAAAUUUACAUCGGGUUCGGUCCCAACCGUGUCCCAGCCGAGGCCUGGCAGACUCCAUACAAUGGCGGGAUAGUAAGGGUUGCCUUUAGCAAGCAGCCUGGGGAGCCAAGUUAUGCUAUCUUGUCCAAGUAUACUGACGGUCAGUGCUUACGUCGUAUCUUUUGUGAUUGUUUUCAUGGUCAUAUUUAGCAAGGUCAUAUUUAUCAUGAUCAAUAUUUUUUAUGGUAAUUUGUUUUAUCCUAUUAACAUGUAUUAUGGUCAUAAUGAUCACAGUACCUUUAAAUCAUAGUCCUAGUCCUCGUGGCUUUUCUACCAUUGGACACCUCCACCGUGAACAUUUUUAUGGUCAUUUUAAUGAAACGUUAAUAUCUUCUUAAAUUAGAUUGGUCAAUACCCGUUAAAAUGCCCUUAAAUUAGAUUGGUCAAUACCCGUUAAAAUGCCCUUAAAUUAGAUUGGUCAAUACCCGUUAAAAUGCCCUUAAAUUAGAUUGGUCAAUACCCGUUAAAAUGCCCUUAAAUUAGAUUGGUCAAUACCCGUUAAAAUGCCCUUAAAUUAGGUUGGUCAAUACCCGUUAAAAUGCCCUUAAAUUAGAUCGGCCAAUACCCGUUAAAAUACCCUUAAAUUAUAUUGGUCAAUAACCAUUAAAAUGCCCUUAAAUUAGAUUGGUCAAUAACCAUUAAAAUGCCCUUAAAUUAGAUUGGUCAAUAACCAUUAAAAUGCCCUUAAAUUAGAUUGGUCAAUAACCAUUAAAAUGCCCUUAAAUUAGAUUGGCCAAUACCCGUUAAAAUGCCCUUAAAUUAGAUUGGCCAAUACCCGUUAAAAUGCCCUUAAAUUAGAUUGGUCAAUAACCAUUAAAAUGCCCUUAAAUUAGAUUGGUCAAUAACCAUCAAAAUGCCCCGAAAUUAGAUUGGUCAAUAACCAUUAAAAUGCCCUUAAAUUAGAUUGGUCAAUAACCAUUAAAAUGCCCCGAAAUUAGAUUGGUCAAUAACCAUUAAAAUGCCCUUAAAUUAGAUUGGUCAAAAACCGUUUAAAUGUAUCUUGUUCAAAGCGUUGCAUUUUCAACUCACAUUACUCUAACUUGCUUUAAAAAAAGACGAAAACCUCGAAACUUACAAGUUAAACGCUUGAGUUCGAAUCUUCUUUCCAAAGGUAGAUAAGACACCUCUUUCUCUUAGAUAAGACACCUCUUUCUCUUAGAUAAGACACCUCUUUCUCUUAGAUAAGACACCUCUUUCUCUUAGAUAAGACACCUCUUUCUCUUAGAUAAGACACCUCUUUCUCUUAGAUAAGGCGUCUCUUUCUCUCACGUGUAUUCGUCUUCUCUUCCUCUUCUCUCUACCCCCCCCUCUCUCUCUCUCUUUUUGAUGAGAGUGUUAUAUUUUUCAUAUAUUUUUUCCGAGGGUUAGUGUGGAUUUCAAGAUGAGGGCAUAAAAGGGAAAGCUUAUAAAUGUCCCAUUACACUGAUUUAUUGCUACAAACUCUUGCAGAAUAUCUACUGAUACAUUUUUGCUUCUACCUAUAGCAAUUUAUAUUAUGUUCAUUAUCGUCCAACUCAUAAUAAUACAGUUUGUUAACACAUCUCUCUCCCCAGCUCAAGGAGUUUCCGUGACCACGUUCUCUUCCAACCCAAGCCAGAACAUCACGUUACCCAACGCCUUCAAGAUCCCCGACCCAUGCCCACCUGCGACCGUCGGCUAGAUACAACUUCACAACAUAUCUGACAAUUCCAUUAUACCUUUUGUUUAUUUUGACGAUGUUCACAUGACAUCAGUUUCAUAUUUGAAUAAAUAUAUUUACUCUCUACCCCACGU